GCCCCUGCUGCCGCCGGCGCCGUCGCUGUCGUAGCCGCCGCCGCUGCCGCCGCCGCCGGAGAAGGAGCAGGAGCGGGGAAGCCCCCGAGUGAAAUCCACCAUCCUGCUGGCCGGUCUGCCCGCCCCUCCUUCCUGCUCCCCCGGCCCCCGCCCCCUCCCCCCACAGGUGCCAUCCGCCGCCAUCCACCCUCCCAACCCCCCCAUCCCCAGGUGAGGGGGGUGAGUUCAGGAAGCGGAGACCCCGAGGAACCCAGCAGGGUCACCAUUUGCAGCGCAACAUGGCAGGAGCUGGAGGAGGGAAUGAUAUUCAGUGGUGUUUUUCUCAGGUGAAAGGAGCAGUAGAUGAUGAUGUAGCAGAAGCAGAUAUAAUUUCUACAGUAGAAUUUAAUCAUUCUGGAGAAUUACUAGCAACAGGUGAUAAAGGUGGUAGAGUUGUCAUCUUUCAACAGGAGCAGGAGAACAAAAUCCAGUCUCAUAGCAGAGGAGAAUAUAAUGUUUACAGCACCUUCCAGAGCCAUGAACCAGAGUUUGACUACUUGAAAAGUUUAGAAAUAGAAGAAAAGAUCAACAAAAUUAGGUGGUUACCCCAGAAAAAUGCUGCUCAGUUUUUAUUGUCUACCAAUGAUAAAACAAUAAAAUUGUGGAAAAUCAGUGAAAGAGACAAAAGACCAGAAGGGUAUAACUUGAAAGAGGAAGAU